AAUUUUUUUUUGCGUGCAGCUUGAGGCGCUCUAAUGUACGUACAUACGAUUGCUUGCGUGCAUGCAUAUGCAUACAAGUAAAAGCAAUUUCCAAAGAAAUGCUAAAAUAAUUAUUUUUGCAAAAAUAUCAUUGCAUUUGAUUGUAUAUUUGGACGUAAAUAUAUACGUACAUACAUACGUAGGUAUGUGUAAUGAAACGUGGAUAGAGGAAAAUUAAUUUUCACGUCAUUUAAUGGAAAGAGUUAUACUUUAUUAACAACAAAAGCAACAACAACAGAAAUUAAAAUUGUAUAAAAACAAUUUAUACGUUACUAAUACGUUUUAUUGUUAUGUAAAAGUGCAAUAAAAUGCACUCGCACGCUUAUACACACAUACACACACACACACACUCGCGGAAACACAGCCGACAUGUAUGCAUACGAGUGUGUCAAUGCGAGCACACUUCCAAACGUGCCACACGCAACAAAUGGCCAUCCAUACAAACUGACAGUCAGAGGAUAGUAAUUUUCGUGCGGGAAAAGUCGUACGGUGUUUCAAAAUGUUCAAGCUGGUCAAGAAAAAAGUUUGUCGCGAUAACGAUUUAAUUCCUAAGGUGUUCAUUUGGGCUCGCAGCCUGCAAUGAUCCGUGGCCUAGGUUUGUCUUUGGGCGAUUCAUACUCCUAGGCUUCGCAAAUCUUUUGCAGUUGUAGCUUCCGAUAUGUUUUUUUGGUUUGCCGUAGCUAGUGGAGCUGAAGAUUAUGGCCUUGGCCAUGUCAAUAUUUAGCUGUGAACCCGAAAUAGGGUUUCUAGCAUUUUCUGUUUCCCGGCCUCUUAGCUGCCUAGCUCGAUCUGGAACCAGUUCUCAAUGGUUGUUCCUGUCAUCAUGUUACAGGAAUUUUUGGGUUCAAUUCACCCUGACCCUCGACUUCCCGAGGUCUGCUUGAGAUCACAAUGGCUUUCUUUUCGGUCUGUUCAAUGACUAUGUGGUGUGGCCUCAAGUAGAGCAUAACUUCUAAUUGACGUUUUCAUACAUUUUUCAAUUUAUAAACCUUUUAUAAAGCUACUUUAUUUUUUAUGAAUACGGCCAUAAGACUGUCGAAGUGGGUACUGACCAUGAGGUCGGACCAUUCCUUCGCUUCAUAAGUAUAUACAUCCACAGCGCCAUCGUACUGAAGACCAGGUGAACAGACAUCUUGCUGUGCCCCAAUCUCUACGGUAAGUCUGUACUGGGCAUUGUUGUCUCCUGGUAAAUGGGUUAUCAGAAGAGCAAAAGCCCUUUUCUGGUUGUUCUUUAUGUAGCAGCACUAUUAAGCCCUACCUAAACUAACGGUAACCCAUCGAAACAGGGUAGGGCAAGCAAAUGAAGAGCUGGUUGGUGUCCUGUGACACUUCGCAAGUCGGGACUUAAAUCAGCUACAAUAUCCAGACCUCAAGGUUAUCUCGAGGCAGCUGAAGCUCUUUGUCUACGAUGGGUGGCGGUUGAGCUUCUAUUAUAAUAUUUCAGUGGCGAAAGUUUGUGAAUUAGACUCUCUAUGAAUUUCGUUGAUGGCUUGUCGGUACAUCGUCGAGUCCAGUGGUUGUAUUCUGUAUGUAUGUCUGGAUUUCGUCGAUGAGUUCAUAGAGAUGAAUUCUGUCGUACAUUCUAGGAGACUCUGCUUCAAGCAAGUGUCUGUUCUGUUGCUCCCUACGUUAGAAGCCGGAAUCACGGUUGGAUCUCGCUAUGUACUGAUAGUAAGUGCUCAGUCGACAUCACAAUGCGCCCCAUAACCGUCCAGCGUGCGAUGUUCUGAGAAGUGUAUAGCUUCUUUACUGCGUCCUCGUAAUCUUAGGUCACCUAAACAAGUGAAGUAGACCAGUGAGUUUUUAAAGGCAAACUCGAAAAUUUUCAGCCGUUUGGAAUUAGAGUGAGAUCGACAUGGACGAGGACUGUAGUUUGACUGCCUUCGUCCAGGUGAUAAAAAAAUAUUCAUCAUUCAUUUCAUUUCAUUGAUUAGGUUCCCCUGGAUUAACCCUGAAUACUUCAGACUCCAAUUACUUUUACUGCAUCGCAAACGGAGCUCGGCCCACUGUUUGCGAUGAAUGUUUUUACUUUCAAGUAAUCAUAGCAGCAGUAAUAGCAGCAACAACAACAAUAGAAACAUUAUUAGCAAUAAAACCGCUAAAAUGCUAUAAGAAAGCCAACAAAAGUGAAUCGGCUGUCAGCUGUACAAACAGGGUAACAGCAACAACUACAACGACAGCAACAACAAAAGUGAAUAAAAAAUAAAUAAAAAAAACAAUAGCGACCAGCAAAAUUACAUACCAGUUUCGCUUUCAAACUUGUAUACAGCAAAAUUUCAUUUCAUUCGCGACGCAGAGUGCGCUACAGCAGCCAAGCAGGCAGCAAACAGCAAGCAACAGGCUUUAGGCGAAUUCGAAAGCAAAGUUUAUUAGAUAAAAUUAGUCCUUAAAAAAAAAAAGAAACAUAGUGCAAAGUGCUGGCAUAAAAGGAAAUUAAUUUCCAAAACCAAAUUGAAAAAAGCGAAAGUGUUUGUAAUUAUUUAGAAUUUGUUUUCUAACAAGACAACAACAACAUCGCUAUGAAACCCGCCGAUUUGAACGAGCAAUAUGCACGCUUUCCGGAAAUCUCACGCGAUGAGAUGCAAAAGUUCGUCAAUUGGAUACGCGCCCAACCGCAUAUGCAGAAUUUGUUGGAAGAGGAGGCCUUACACUUCUUCCACGCCUGCAAGAAUAGCAUGGAAAUGUCCAAACAGGUGCUGGACACCAAUCUAACGGUACGCACGCAUUGUGAUGACUUCUUUGCGAAUUUGGACUGUGAACGGCCGGAGCUGCAGCGUGCCAUGCGAACAGUUUCCAUAUGCCCUUUGCCACAAACCACAUCCGAUGGAUAUCGUGUUAUCAUUGGAAAGUUAGCGGACACAAAUGCCUCGAACUUCAAUUUUGUGGAUGUCAUGAAACUUUACUGCAUGAUUUUUGAUUUAUGGAUGUAUGAGGAUGGCAUACGUCCGGGUCACAUUAUAGUGAUCGAUUUGAAGGGUGUCACUUUGGGUCAUGUAGCACGCAUUGGCAUAUUUCAGAUGAAGAAGUUCCUCUUCUAUUUGCAAGAAGCAGCUGCUAUUCGUCUAAUAGGAUUUCAUUUUAUCAACAUUGUACCAUUUAUGGAUAAAAUUUUAGGUCUAAUGACACCCUUCAUGAAAAAGGAACUAACCAGUAUACUGUAUGUACAUAGUAAUUUGGAAGAUUUCUUCAAGCAUGUACCGCAAAGUAUAUUGCCCAAGGACUAUGGCGGCCAAGAGCCGGAAUGCAUAGAAAUGAGAGAAACCUUUCACCGCAAACUCAAAGACAGUCGUGCUGAUAUGAUGGAGUUUGAGAAACGCCACCAAGUCAAUGAGAAAUUGCGACCGGGAAAAGCGAAAAAUGCUUCCGACCUAUUCGGCAUUCAAGGGAACUUCAAAAAACUAGACAUUGAUUAAAGUACAUUUAAGUGUUUUAUAAUUAUCAUUUUGAAAUUCCAUUGACAAAGUAUUGUUUAUAUGUAAUUAUGGCAUGGUGAUAGUCUAAAACUUAUCAUUAGAAAAUGUUUCGAGAAUAAAAUUAAUUGGAAAGGAAACAUGAAAUAUAGGAGGGGGAAUGUUUUAUGUAUGUAUAUUACCGGAUAACUCUGGACCACGGGCACCGUUUUCGAUAAUUCUUUUUUUUUAGGUUAUACUUCAAAGGUGGUCCCAUACUAAUUUGAUUUAUGUCAUUAACAGUAAAUUUUUAUAUGAGCAUUGAGGUCGGUUGUGUUUUUUGCUUAAAAAUUAUUUGUUGCAAUCGCAAGAAAAGUUAUGGCUCACAGUCUGCCAAGUUUCCAGUUGAAAUUAGGUGAUGAUGUUGAAAACUUUUAUUUGGCGAUUUCUUGACCUUAGUCCUUUUAGUGGCCAAAGUAUUCAAAGAAUGUUUUUUUUUUUAAUCCUUCGUCGUCAGCGAACCAUUCUGCAACCGAGAUUCUGAUCAAGUCAAACUAUUCGGCGAAAAUCUUCACCAAAUGCAGGUCAUUUAAAAAGCAAUAUCUUCCAGCUUUUCUUGUGUUGUAAAUUUUUUGAACGUUUCUCC